AUGGUUAUUCUGCACGACGAUGAAUAUUAUCGAAACAGAAUACCUGAACCCGAUUUGGGAGCAAUUCGAAAUUUUUGGCGAUUUGUUUGGAAUCCAGAUAAAAGACAGUUGCUUGGUAGAAGUGGCAAAGAAUGGGCUUUAUUGGGACUCUUCUAUUUGUGUUUCUUCGCCGUAUUGGGUUCCUUGUUUGCAUUGCAAAUGUGGAUUAGUAUUGACUAUGCUUCGAAAUUAGAAAGACCAUUUCUUCUUUAUGGCGGCUUAACGUCUAGAUCUUAUUUUGGCGGCAACUUUCCACUUUUUCGUCAAUUAGAUUUUGAUAGCCCAGGAAUUGCCUUCAAACCGAAUAUUUUGUUACCUACAAAAUCUCCUAUUAUUUGGGUAGAUAAUUCUAGCGCAAAUGCUCGUCCAAAGAGAUACGUGCAAGUCUUGAGUGACUUUUUACAAGAAUAUAAUAGAAGUAAAGAGAAGUAUAAAACUUCUGCGGAAUGCAGUGAUGGAACGUCGAUUGUAUCAAGUAUGAAACCUUGUUUCUUUGAUGUUGAAAGCCUUGGUGUUUGCGGACAACCUCCGUACGGAUAUACAGAUCCAUUGCAGCCAUGUGUCUUCAUUAAAUUUAAUAAAAGAUUUAACUGGGUACCAAUUCCUUAUAAUACAUCAUCUUUAUUACCACAGAAUAUGCCGCGUGCUUUGCAACAAGCUAUACAAUUUUCAAACAAGUUCCAAAUCUGGUUGUGGUGCGACGGAGUGAACAAUGUUGAUAAAGAGCAUGUUGGAGAAAUUGAGUAUUUACCGAGUCCUGGCUUUUCCGUGCAAUACUUUCCAUUUGUGGGACAAUCAGAUUAUUUGGCACCAAUAGUCGCGCUUCAUUUUAAAAAUAUUACAUUGUUUAGAUUAGUGACUGUGGAAUGUAGCUUGUGGGCGCUGAACAUUAACGACGAUGCACAGAACGCAUUGGAUUUUCAAAUAAUUCUGGGCGAAGAACUAUAAAAGAUUGUGAUCGACGAAUAUUUAUGUAUUCCAAAUAUUUAUUAACAAAUAUGCAGAUAUAAUAAGAAGUUAUACUUAUUUUAUGUAAAAUAAAAAAUAAAUGUUCUUCAUUUAGAGUUUUUGUAAUUAAAUAUUUUUAUUUUAAAUUAUAAAUAAUUUUCUCGUCAUCAAUGAUUCCUUUAUUAUGUAUUAUAUUACAUUAAUAGUACAUGAAAAUGUAUAUAUUUUCUGUUAUAUUAUAUUUUUACUGAACGUAAUGUGAGGUAUAUCUAUAAAAAUGGAGACAGCAGUUAUGUGAUAAUGUUUUUGCUAAUUAAUUCAAACUAUCUCUUAUGUAAGUUUUCAGAAAUAGUAAAAAUAUAAUGUUUAAUGUUCAUCUUUCGAAAGUUGAAAGAUUAAAUUGAAAAAAUUAAUUCUGGUGACAGAAGAUCGUAGACAGCUCCAUUUAUAGAUUUAAUAUUUUUAUUGAAAUAAAUAAUUAAUAUUUUUACUAUAUAUAAACGAGAAGAGAGCAGAAUGAAGCUUUAUUAAGUACAUUAUUGGUAUCGACAGACGUAUAGUUCGUAUUAGAGUUUAGACAAAAAAUUUAAACAUGUAUAUUUGAACACAAUAUUAACAAAAUGCCUUAACGGUCAUAGCUAGAUCUUAACGCUGAUUACAUAUGUUUGAUCUGUUCGAAUAAUUCGAAAUAAAAAAGAAUGAGCAUCCAAUUUGAAUAUUCGGACAAAUCGGACAAUUUAAGUAUCGGUCUGUAAUAUUCAUUAUGUCUACAAUUUGGACAGUAAAAAAGAUUGGAAAUGUAAUAUAUUGGAAGUAAAAAGGUAAAUUUUUACGAGUCUUUUCUUUUCCACAUUAAAGAACUAUACGUAAUAAAUGGAAUAGAGAACAGAAAAUAAAGAAUAAGGAACAGUUGAAUACAUCGAAUAAGGAACGUUUCUUAUGUUUUUCAUAUUCAAUAUAUUGAAACGUUCCUUAUUCACUAUUUCUUGUUCCAUUUAUUAUGUGCAGCUUUUAAUAUUUCAGAAAAUUAAAUUUAAAUUAUAAUUUUGAACGUUUAUGAAAUAAGUUAAAACAGUUCAAACAUAUUUUCUAUUCAAAAAGGUUUGAAUUUUUGAAUAGAAUCGAUCUUGAGAGUCUAACUGUCCAAAUUAUUCAAUCAUUUAACAUUUUCAAACACUAGUUUAUAUUUCUGGAUGAAUUGUUCUGGAAUUUAUUGCUUUUAUCGGAUUUGCUGUUUCUUCUGGAAUCAGUAAUGUUUUCUAAUGAGAAGAUGAAGACAAGUAGAGAGAGAAAGGGAGAGAGAGAAAGAAAAUACAAAUCAAAAUGUUAGAUGGAAAAAUGAAAAGAGAAAA